GCGGUUUGCGUGCUUUGCGCGCACUUUACGGCACAGAUAAUGUAUUUAGAUGGCGCGCAGGGCGGUGGCCGGUGCAUGAAUGAUCAAAGGUUUUUUAAAGAUUCAGGAGGCGGUGCGUGCGCUGUAUUUACUCUGGACAGCCCCGCCCUGCAACAUGACAUAGAAAACUGCAAGGAGCCAGUGGAGGGAUGAAACAGAGGAAGGAGAUGUAGCAGACAGCCGCAGACGCACGACUCCUCUUUGAGCUUACACCUCUGUAGCAUCAUCACUUUGCCCGUCUCCCCCGGGCUCAUUUGUGCUGCGUCGGAGCUUCAUGGCCGCAACAUUGACGAUGAACGGCGGCGGGGGGCAGGAGGAGCCCUUCUACACGCUCCAAAAGUCUGCUCUACCGGCGGCUUUUCCUCUGGAGGACUCCGCGCUGUUCGGCUUGGACUCCAAGAUCGCGGACACGGACAAGAGCAGCCAAAACGACUACUCGCAGACAAAGUGUGAGCUGGACAGGUAUCUCUCCUUUCUUCAGCCGUCAGGAGACGGCCAGCAAAAACCCACCCGAGAGCCCGUGUCUGUGAUGGACCAGUUCUUCAGUGACGAUCAGACUGGUGCCCCCUACACUCUCAACAUGAACCUGUAUCUCCAGGACGUGGCCUAUUUGAGAAUGGGCUUGUGUCAGCAGGUACGGCUGCCUCAGGACCAAAACCACUCCACUGUGCCCCAAAUCAAAACAGAGCCCACUGCCCAGUGCUUCUCAGCUCACCUCCCCCCUCAAUGUCCAAGCAGCACCAGUAACUGCAGCCCCGGACAUGCUGCCAGUGGGAUGUCUAUGGACAUGACAGGUUUACCAGACUUUAGUGUUUUUAACAACUCUCGAAAUGUUUGCAGCGGUUCAGGCUCCGAGGUGUUUAUUAAACAAGAAAUGCCCCCUCAGUUUGAACACACUCUCCACGACAAUGGCAGCUCUCUGUUUCAGCUUCUGAACUCCGGCCUGGAACAUCACCAUGGAAACAUUAUGGAACAUCAUCAUUCUCAAAUGCCCACAGGACCCUCACCUAUUCACACACCUUACCACGAAGAGCAGACUACGAAGCCUGCUUAUUGUGGCCUUAACAACGGGUCAUACACACGUCCUGGUGCCCACACUCAUCCCCGUUUCCUUCAGCAACCAGCUUACCUGCCCCCCUCCCCACCCAGCUCCGAGCCUGGCAGUCCUGACAGACAAAAAGAGCUGCUCCACACAUUGUCUCCCCCUCCAUCAUACGCUGCCUCCAUCGCCUCCAAGCUUGCAGGGAGCAGCCCUGGCCUGGGCCACAGCCCUGGUGCUAACUUACCCCUGCCCCAUCACUCUCCUGUCCCUGGGCCCGCUUCAUCAGGAGCUCCCCAAGCACCACAAAGCACUCCAGCUCCCUCUCAGACUACCAUGCCAGUAAGAUAUAACCGGCGGAACAACCCUGAUCUUGAGAAAAGAAGGAUUCACCAUUGUGAUUACCCAGGCUGCAAGAAGGUUUACACCAAGUCAUCGCAUCUGAAAGCCCACCUCAGAACGCACACGGGUGAGAAGCCAUACAGGUGCACAUGGGACAGCUGUGACUGGCGCUUUGCUCGCUCUGACGAACUCACACGACAUUACAGGAAACACACAGGAGCCAAACCUUUUCAAUGUGCUGUGUGCUCGCGCUCCUUCUCCCGCUCGGACCACCUCGCCCUGCACAUGAAGAGGCACCAGAACUAGUGUUGCUGACAUCACCGUCCCCGGUGCUGCUAUCAUAAUACUAGAACUGUUGAUCUUAAUCCAAAAUGGAAGUUUAGGAACAAUAAAAAUUGCCAGAUUGACUUCUAGGCUCUUAAUUUGUAGAUACGUUUGCUUUUGCAAUACUACCGGUCAAAGCAAAUCGUAUCACCAUAUGUCUCCAUAGACUGUUUUUAUGACUGGAAUGAAAGCACUUGCAUAUUUUGUAUAUUUUAAUUUUGAUCAGGCUUUUUUAUUUUUUUAUAUUAAAAAAAGAAAAAAAAAAUUAUCAGACUAGCCAAACCAAAUCUUUGUUUACCUUCAGGUUUGUCAGUUUGUUUAAAUAACUGGAAAAUUCAAAUAUCUAUAUUUUCCUUUGGUUUGCACUAAAAUCUGUAAUUACAUAGGCCUUGUUGAUACUCAAGUUCCUCCUUCACCAGUGAAUGAUCAUUAUCACUACUGGACUGAAUUUCACGAGAGCACUCAAAUCACCCCACAGCAGAUGUAAAUCACUGUUGUUCUGAUAUUAAAAAUUGAAGGCUUUGAUACUCAGGAGAGAAUGAGAGACAGGGAAGGGAGUUCGGAAGGGGAGAGCUCAGAGUGGGAAAGAUUUUUGAUUUUAGAUGGAUAUGAGGAUGAUUGAGAAGCAAGAGGGAGAGCGAGAUGGUUAAGAGCAGCAAUUAGCGAUUAAUUAUUUAGUUUGUCUUUCAAUAGAUGGGAACACUGGGAAAAUGUCAACAGAAACCUUAGACAUACAGUCUUCAAACCACUGAUAUAAUUGAGAUCCCAAAAUCAUUCAGAUACGUUCUACAGUCUCAAAUCAAAUGUAAUCCAGCUCGUACUAUUGCAUGUCUGUGCAAUAGGAGUACUGUAGAUUAGGAGCUAUACAUUAUCGCUGUUAAUUGAAUUGUUGGAAGUAUUUAAUGUUGCAAGAUGGCAAUGAUCACGUUAUGCAAUGUGAAAGCCUCUCCUAUCUCCUGUUGAUGUAUGGAGAUUAUUAACAAAAGAAGGGACUAUUUUAAAGAAAAUAGCGUUUACUGUAGUUUUUUUUUUUUUUUUUUAGUUUUCUUUUUGUUUUAAACCAAAGUAUCAUCUCAUGCAUCAAGAACUUUUAAGUGCCUCCCGUGUUUCUGUGGAGUGGUAGCAGAUUUGAGAGGAUUAAAAAAAACGUGGUGCUGUAAAGUAGUGGCUAUAGGUUAUUCGUUCAUCCUGGUACGAACUUGGUGCAAUUUGUUAAAUGUUCAUUGCAUUUCUAAUGAGUAGAUAAAAAUGACUGUCUACUAACUUGUAUUGGGUUUUUGUGGGCCAAUCUGAAAUGGACAGCUAAUUGUGUAGUUUGGGUCCCCAUUAAACUGUACAUGUUUCUUCACUGCAGGUAGUAUAAAGACAAUAUCGCACUGUAAUGUUUAUUAAUAAAUCUGAUUAUUUAUUUGAUAGUGUAGAAGUGGGGGUGCAUCAGAUCCACUGUCUUUCUCCCUAGCAAAAUGCCUUAAUGUAAAUAUAUGCACUGUAAAUACUAUUGAUUUUGUUUAAGCUCUUUUGUCAUAUGAUUUUCUAAACAAAAGGGCAAAAGUUAAAACUGCCCUGCAUCCAAAAAUUUGAGCCCUAUUUUGUCUUUUUCUUGUCUAAAAUAUUUUGAUGCCAUUGUUUUAUAUUGUCCUUAAAGCAAUUUAUUUUGUAGAUUCUCUUCUUCCAUGGUAAACGUUCCAAAGACAAAAGUUGUUUUUCAUCAACUGAGUGAAUCUGAUCCUAAUAAAGUCAACUGACACUUUUUA